UUCUUGUUGGACGCCAUUCCCAAUGAGCUUGUUUUGUACAAAUGGAGUGGAAGCCGGAAGGAAGCGUUUAGCAGAGAAAAAUUUCUUGAAAGAAGGAGCAAUAGGCGAGUUAUGUCAGAUUCUCAGCUGGUUGGAGCUUGCUUUAUGCUGACAAUGGCUUGUUCCAGAAAGCUACCAGCUCUGCCUGGACACUACAAUAAUGCCAACUCCAAAUAAAACUAAAUCGAAAAAACCUUAUUGGCUAUACCAUAAUAAUGAAGAACAAAAAAAACGACAUCCAUCCUGCAGCUAGCAGAGCAGAACAGUCCUUGAAAACCGUAUGUACGAUCCGAUGCACAAUAUCUGAACAGACGCCGACAUUUUUCACCAACUUCAUCUUCCCCGCUUCAGCUUUCUUUCAUUCACUAACUGCAGCUUGACCACAAACAAUGGCUUCUUCUCCUCAGUUUUUCAAAAUCCUUCUGCACAGAAACCUCGAAGAUCAAAAACUGAUGAUUCCGAAGAAGUUCGUGAAGAAAUACGGUAAGCUCUUGUCAAGUGCCGUAAUUCUAAAGCUUCCCGAUGGAAUGAAAUGGAAAGUGGGUCUGACAAUGGCUGCUAAUGGCGCCGUUUGGCUGCAAAAGGGAUGGCAUAAAUUUGCCAACCACUACUCUUUGGAGUUUGGGUCUCUGCUGGUUUUUAGAUUGGAGGGCAGAAGUUCGAGCUUUGAAGUAACCAUAUUCGACCCAUCUGGAUUGGAAUCCGAAUAUUCUUCUUUCCAUGCUUGUGAUUCUAUAACAGAAUCUGAAGAGGACGAUGACUCUGUUUCUGAUUCAGAUGAAGAAGACUAUGAAAUUGGGGUUUCAAGGAGAAGACGAAAAUCAGCAACAGAGAAACCUGGCUUCCAAGUUGUGUUGAACCAAUCAAACGUAUGCGGUAGAUACAACAUGGUUUUUCCUGCGAAAUUUGCAAGGAGUUAUUUAUGUGAGAAAUCUGGAAAUUUUAACGUUCAAACUGCAAAUGGUAGAAAAUGGCCACUUUUGUAUAAAUGGAGUGGAAGUGUAGAUAAAUUUGCAUACGUUUCCAGUGGAUGGAAGCGUUUUGUACAGGAAAAUCUGUUGAAAGAAGGCGAUGUUGUGUUCUUCGAAAUGAUUAAGAAAGGAAGAUUUUUGUUCACCAAAUUACAAGAUAAGAACACUGCAUCAACCAGAAAUCCCUUCUUCAAAGUGGAUAUUCAUUACAAAAGCUACAAGAACAGAAUCUUGAACAUUCCCCUGGCGUUUGGUAAGGAGCAUUUUUCACCAGAAAUGAAAUCUGUAAAGCUUCAAACUGGGAAUAAGGAAUGGAUGGUAACAUUAAAGCAAUAUGAAGGAUGUAUGAGAUUCUCAGGUGGUUGGAGGAAAUUUUACGGUGAAAAUGGGUUGAAAGAUGGAGACACCUGCUUGUUUGAAAUGCACGGCAGUACCAGUGCCGCUUCUAGCCUUGAGUUCUUCAAGGUUUUUAUUCCCGAUUUCGGCUCUCUGCAUAUGAGCAGACCGCCAGCUUCUGUGAAGCAUUUAAAUGGAUCUUUUCCAGAAAAAGCUAUCAUAAAAGAUCCUAUGGGAAAAUCAUGGCGUAUUACGUUGGAAAAACUAGAUGACCUUGUGUAUUUCAAGAAUGGCUGGCCGGCAUUCGUAGAUUACUAUUUUCUGAAAUAUGAAGACUUCUUAGCUUUCCAGUAUGACGGCCACUGUACGUUUGAUGUUGAGAUAUUUGGUACAAAUGGAUGUAAGAAGGCAGUGGCAGCUAAAGCUGCUAGUUGUAUCCCAAUUUUGGAGGCUGUGGCUGCAGAUGCUGCUAAUUCUGUUCCAAUUUUGAAGGUCAAAGAAGAUGCCAAGCAUUCAAUAUCCAGCAAGAGGACGCGAUUACAAGUUGGGUCAGUAUAUUUCUGGACGUAUGGUGAGGGAUCAGAACAUCUCGUUGAAACAAAACAUAGUUCUUAGAGAUGAAGAGGGCCAGCUGUGGGCAGCAACCAUCUGUUUCACCGCCCAGAAUCGUAUUUCUAUUACUGCUGGGUGGUCUAAAUUUUACGAGGGCCAUAAAUUGAAAAGAAAUGACAAAUGUGAUUUUGAGUUUGUUCUUGAAAAGGGAAAUGUAUGCGGACAGUUUGAUGUAAGUAACACGCCACUGUCUUCCUGUGCGUUGAAGACUGCAUAGCAGAACCAAGUUUUCAUUGUACAGUGGUUUAUGAAAAAAAAAAGCAGGGAAGAUCAGAUAAGUCCCUCUCUUUCUUUGGUAACGUUUUUUCUUGUUAAUCUAACGUUGUGAAUGUAGUUGUAAUUUAAUAUGUAUAUGAUGCUCCACAUGUUUGCGCCUUACGAACUAAAUUAUACAUAAAGACUGCAUUAUUGAAUUGAUAUAGCAUUCCAAAACUCAAAAUCAUAACAAUCAAGGUCUUUGAAACUGCAUAAAAUGCAAAAAACUAGAUUCAUUCAGUUUGAGUAUAGCCAGUUUCAAGAACCAAAAUACAUUCAAUUCGAGCAUGAGGUAGAGCAUAGUCGUUAAAUUAUUUCUUGGGAUCUUACUGAAAUAUAUUUUUGUGGAUAAUCUUUUAACUUUUACCUUGUUCAUAGGAAGUUGAUAGUCAAGGAAAUGAUCAAUAUUUCCAAGAUGUGAUGACCUUCAGGAGAAUAAUCAAAGGGAAGGAGAAAUGCUUUAUUUGGAGUAUCGACCCCUUCAAACAGAUAAAGAAGACAAUAGGAAAUCAGCUAAUAUGGAUGCUACUGAGGUGAUAAUAUUUAACUUCCAUUUACCAUUAUUUACGACUUUUGAUGUUCCAAUAAGAAAAGCUACAAGAAGUUAGAACUCAUAUGGAAGUACUGAAGACUUACUCCAAAA